AGGAAGUUGUCUCCGUCCUCCUCUCCAGCCUGACGGAGUCGUCUCGGCAGGUCAGGAGACUUCGGCUCCGCUCGGAGAAACAGCACCGGACUGUAUGGUGGAGAACCGUUUAACAUUUUUACCUUUUUCUGGGGACCGGCUGUAUGAUUAAGCUACAAUCUUCAAUGAGUAAGCAUAUCCCACAGUUCUGUGGUGUUCUGGGUCACACAUUUAUGGAGUUUCUGAAGGGCAGUGGGGACUACUGCCAGGCUCAGCACGCUGCCUAUGCAGACGAGUGAACAGCCAAACUCGCCAUCGAUCCGACGCACUUGAGCCACAGGAAGGACCCCGGAAAGUUGGCAGGACCGGGACGCCUCCCAGAACCAGCGACAACUCGGCCUGGAUGGGGUAACUUCACCCGCUGCACACUGCCCUCGUCGGCUUCCGCCUGGCCUGAAUCAAGGUGGAACCAGCCUUGUUUUUUUCUUCCUUUUCUUUUGUUUUAUUCCAAAGGAGAGGGUUUUGAGUUCUUUCUCUGAUUGUCUCCCCUUUUUUGGCCUCUAAUUCCCCAAAUUUUCCCCCAUUUAUCUGUCGCCGCCUUCGUUUUUUUGUUUAGCCUUGCCAACCCCGAAGGAAGACCGGAGGAUUCUGGGUUUCUAGAAGCUCGUUGGACGUUUUUGUUUGACAUUCCCUCCGAGUUUAACUAAGUGUUUACAUUAGUGUUUUUACUCUGUGGAAGACUUUUGGGUUUUGUUAUUCUUUUUUUUUUUACGUUGCGUCACAAUGGCUCGUAUGAACAGACCGGCCCCUGUGGAGAUUACCUACAAAAACAUGAGGUUCCUCAUUACCCACAAUCCCACCAACGCCACCCUGAACAAGUUCAUCGAGGAGCUGAAGAAAUAUGGAGUGACCACCGUUGUGCGAGUUUGUGAGGCCACCUAUGAUGCCACGCUGGUGGUGAAGGAGGGAAUCCAAGUUCUCGAUUGGCCGUUUGACGAUGGAGCUCCUCCCUCCAACCAGAUCGUGGAUGAUUGGCUGAACCUGCUGAAGCUGAAGUUCAGGGAGGAGCCCGGCUGCUGCAUCGCUGUCCACUGUGUGGCAGGGCUGGGGAGAGCUCCUGUUCUGGUUGCACUCGCCUUGAUUGAAUGUGGGAUGAAAUAUGAAGAUGCUGUCCAGUUCAUUCGACAGAAGCGUCGAGGAGCGUUCAACAGCAAGCAGCUGUUGUACCUGGAGAAAUAUCGUCCAAAGAUGCGCCUGCGCUUCAAAGAUUCCAACGGCCAUCGCAAUAACUGCUGCAUCCAGUAGAGCCAAACUCUGAGCCACACCAACCUCCCGCCCCACUACCACACACACACACACACACACACACACACACACACAACAGAAGGGUUCAGUUCAACCUCGCUAGCUUAUUACCUGGCAAGCGUGUUUUCUUAGUCAUUGUGUUUAUUGAAUAUUUUACUUUGAAGAACCAUGCUCGGUAAUUCACCUGUCCCCUUUCCGCUCCAGGUUCAAAAUCAAGUGUCAAAAAAAAGAAAGAAAAGUUUUGUGAGCCGGAAUCACCGUGUUUUCUCUUCAUGUGCCCAGCAAAAAAUAAAAAAUAAAAAAAAUUAGGAAGGGCAGCGCUGAGUCCGUGUAUCAAUGUAAGAUGUUGGAUUAAUUGUUUUCUGCAAACGCAUCCCAAAGAUUUCGAUUGGCCAGUUUACAUAGCCUGAGAAUGUGCUUAAAAAAAAAGAUGUUUUUAAUUUCAUGUGAGUAAUUAUGUACCCCGUUCAAUUUUAGUAGGGUUCCGUUUCAAGACUGACUAGAAAGAGGUAUGCCUUCAUUCAAAUCAGAUGGUUCAUCCAUAAAUGCCUUACAAUCGAAGUGGAACAAAGGCAAUCGAGGUGGGAGUUGUCUCCCACUGGCAUUUGGAAAAGGUGUUUAAUUUUUCUACUCGGAACAAAAAAAAAAAACGUUGCCUUUGUCUUGUGCAGGAAGUCUUACACUCACUUAUGCCCUUUCAGUAACUAUUUUUUAAUAUAAAAUGCUUAAUUGUUGCAAUAUUUGUUAAUUGAAAGUCUAGGAUUUUGUUUUUUUUCCUCUAUCAAACCUUCUGUUUACUAAUUAACUGCCAUGUCCAAAAUGUGAUUUUAUUUUUUCCUUUGUUUUUUCUUUUUCCCAGUUUUUGUUUAUUUUUUUAAAAUUUUUUGCUUCAAACUGGACUUCCAACGUCUGCGAUAUUUUGUAUGCCUUUUUAUUUGAUGUCCGUAACUUAAGACUUGGAUACUUGAUGAUUUUAUGUAGUUUAAAAUGUGGUACUAAUUAUUAUUAUUAUUAUUAUGAUUGAUUAAUUAUUAUUAUUAUUAGGUUGGCUAUUUAUACUAUCAAUGGAUGUGUGAUUUAGUACCGUGAGCGACAAAGUUGUACCUGUUCACCAACUUGUGAGAGUACAUUAAAUGAUACACUGAAAAACAACAAA